AUGUCAAAUGCAAAACUCACUGUCACAGCUCUCUACAUCCUGGUGUUAGGAGAACUCUGGGAAGCCACUCCCCCUUUUCAAACUUCUCAGAACGCAGCACAAGGACACGGCGCCAUUUUUCGCAGCAACUCUCGGAGGACUGGAGUCUCAGACAUGGCCUUAGUAAGAACAGACAUGACACAUGUGCAUGUUCCUGAAGAACCACGAUCAUCACAGCUGCAGAAGAGAUGA